AUGACUUCCAUCUUUUCUUUCGUUUCCCGCAACUGGCAGAUUUCCUCUCCUUCUGAGCUUCCCAAGUCAACCAACGCCUUGAAGUUUGGUAUUCUGGGCGCGGCCAGGAUCGCAUCAAGCGCAUUGAUCAAACCGGCCAAGACGCAUCCCGAAGUGAUCAUCCAGACUGUGGCGGCCCGCAACAAGCAGAAGGCUGUAGACUAUGCCAAAAAGCACGGCAUCCCCCAAGUCCAUGACAGCUAUGAAGGCACGUACGCCAUCCUCGAUGACCCGUCCAUCGACGCUGUCUAUAUCCCGCUUCCCUGCAGUCUGCACUGCGAAUGGGCCUUGAAGGCCCUCAGUAAGGGCAAGCACGUCCUCCUGGAAAAGCCGGCAGUUGCCAACGCGAGCGAGGCUGAGGCAUUGUUCCACUCUCCGCUGCUGCAGAAGCCCAAUGCUCCCAUCCUGCUCGAAGCAUUCCACUAUCGUUUCCAGCCGACGUGGCAGUUUUUCCUCUCCUUAGUCGACCGCCCGAACCUUGAGCGCGUCAUCUCCGUCGCCAAGCUGCCCUUGUACAUCAUCCCCAGGACCGGCAACCAGUUCAACUACGAACUGGGCGGCGGCAACAUGCUCGAGCUGGGAACAUAUGUCAUGUGUGUCUUGCGGGAAAUCACGGGCGCCGAACCCGAAGAGUGUACCAGGUGCACCGUGCGAAAGUCUCCUGUGAGUGAACUCUGUGAUGAGGCUGCCGAAGCAACCUUCCGUUUUCCUGGUGAUGUUGUGGGCGAGGCCGUCAUGGACAUGCGCGCAAGUGCUUCCACUCUCCCCACGUUCAAAGUUACAGUUGUUCACAAGGAGAUCCCGGUGGAAGACGACAAACUCCCUCGAGGGCAGCAGUUGCUACGGGUCCGGAAGCUGACCCUGAACAACUUCCUGAUGUCGGCAACCUGGCAUCGCAUCGACAUCGAGGACGACUUUAUUGUUCGAAAGUCAGCGAGCGAGGUCGUCAAACGAUGGACAAAGAAAGAGUCCAAGAAGAUCUACACGUUCAGAGACAUCGGCAUUGAUCAGCCCGGUGAACCGUCCUGGAUCUCUUAUCGUCAUCAGCUCGAGCAGUUUGUCAACCACAUUCGAGGGAGGGAAGGCUCCGGGCUCUGGGUCAGCAAUGAGGAUAGCCUUGCGCAGGCGAAAAUGAUUGACAUGGCAUACGAAAAAUCCGGCUUACCUCUUAGACGCACAAGCAAGUUUGUACAGCUAGAAGCAUCUGUAUAG